AUGAAAGCGGAAUACGUUCAGAUAUGGCAGGGAGACACCUUGCAUUAUGACGAGAACAUGGUGAUGUGCACAUUCAACGUCAUAUUUGCCCUGGCGAGUCAAUUGGCCGACUUCAUAGCACCAGAAAAGCGAGGAACUUCGGCAGAUGAGUACUUCUCACGUGCUAAGGGGCUUUUUCAGUUUAAUCUGUGGGAGACAGGCUCUGUCGGACUGAUUCAAUGUCUACUCCUCAUGGCGCAGUAUUUGCAGAGUACCGACUCCGCCCACCAAUGUUGGAUCGUUACCGGACUUGCAAUUCGCAAUGCACAGAGUCUAGGGCUUCAUCUUCCACGGAGUAUGGCCCAUUUUUGUAGCGCUAGCGAGCAGCAGUUGGCUAGCAAAAUCUGGCAUGGCUGCGUUUUAAUGGACCGGUACGUUACUUACAUCGCCUUUCAAGGCCCAGAGCUAAGCUUUUCCUCAAACAGUGUUAUAUCUAUGACCUUUGGACGGCCGGCGAUGAUAUCAAAAGUGUCCAGCACUGCGGUCCCAUUGCCAUUUACGGUAGACGAUGAAUUCAUUUCCACGGACACAACUUCUGAGCCGGUUCAGCCUGUGGAACAACCAUCCAUAAUGGCAUUCUACGCAAAAUCACUGGAGUUGUACGAGAUCAUGAACGACGUGCUUCUCAGUUUAUACAAGCCAAUUUCAGAUGAAAGAGCAGAUGAGAUUCACGAGUUUUACUUCAACAAUACCGCUAGCGGAGGGGGAAAACAAUAUUUGAGCUAG